GGCUGACGAGACGUCCCGAUAAAAUCAGGACUGUCCUGAUAUCGAGCAGUUUGUCCGAAGUACGGUCCGGACACCAUGUGUCCCGAUAUUUUGUUUCUGGUGUUUUGGUUUUUUAUUUCCUCGUUGCUUAGGCUGCAGUGACCGGCAGGGGGAGCGCCUUUUCAAUUGUUAAACUCACUCACUUCGGCGGCAGGUCUGUCGGUCGCCAUCGGUCUUCGGCGGCAGAAUGGAGAAGGUUGCUGCUUGUCUAUACAGAAGGCCUAAUGCGCUUUAUAGGCUGAUUUGCUUCCCCUGGGGUGGAAGUGGCGCUACCCAUUUUGCACGAUGGGGGAAACGCUUUGACAACUCAACAGAAGUUUAUUCUAUAAGGUUUCCUGGAAGAGGCUCUCGUAUUAAUGAACCUUUUGCAAAAGACAUGAAAACUAUCGUUAAUGACAUUACUGGUGGUUUGCUUCAAGACUUGCAAGAGAAACCUUUUGCAUUUUUUGGUCACAGUUUUGGAUCAUAUGUUAGUUUUGCGGUUGCAGUACACUUGAAAGAAAAAUAUGGAUUACAACCAUUGCAUCUUUUUAUAUCAAGCGCAGGUGCCCCACAUACAACACUUUGUUAUCCUCUCCACACGGUAAAAGACCAAGGCGAAGAAGAAAUUAUCAAAGGGCUACAGUCUCUUGGAGGUACUCCUCCUGCAUUUCUGCAGAACAAAAAUUUUAUGAAACACUACAUUCCUGCAUUAAAAGCAGAUCUGGCAGUUGUUCAUUCCUUUCUCUUUAAGGAACUGGUAAUGGAUGGUCUCUCUUGUGGUCUUACAUGCUUUGGUGGGUCUGAAGAUAUGCCACUUGAUUUAGAAGCAUGGAAAGAUGUAACAAGUGGAGAUACCACUGUUCACAUGCUUCCUGGAGGACACUUUUAUCUGCUGGACCCUGCUAAUGAAAUUUUCAUGACAGACCAUAUGAGAAAAUGUAUAGAAACUGCUGAUCAAAGAUUAGUCCAAAGCAGUAAAUAA